GUGGGACACAACAAAAUCAUAAUCACCGCUGAACCUCGUUUCACUUUUAUCCAAUAUCAUACCACACUUCCCAUUUCAAUCUCAUCCUUCUUCUCUGCACACUUCAAAAACCCAAAUUCCAACCUCUUCUUUCCUCCUCUGCAAGUCAAUGGCAACCACGCCUUCUCUCACUGGUGCCUUGUCAAACUCUGUCGGACUCCGUGACUGGAGAAAGCAUGCCCCUUUGUCAACCUCUCUUUGUAAACUAAGCUCCUGUUCAAAUAUAGUUGAUUUAAAGAUAAUAUCUCGAUGUGGUUGUCGGAAAGUUGGUCAUGGCCAAAGAGGUUUCCAAUUAUAUGCUUUAUUUGGAGGGAAGAAAGACAAUAAUGGAAAAAGUGACGAUACUCCUUCUAAGGCAGGAAUUCUUGGAAACAUGCAAAAUCUUUACGAGACUGUGAAGAAGGCACAAAUGGUUGUCCAAGUUGAAGCAGUGCGGGUGCAGAAAGAACUUGCAGCAGCAGAGUUUGAUGGUUAUUGUGAUGGUGAGUUAGUGAAGGUAACGCUGUCAGGGAACCAGCAACCUGUAAGAACCGAAAUUACUGAGGCAGCUAUGGAAUUGGGACCUGAAAAACUCUCCCUAUUAAUCACUGAGGCAUACAAGGAUGCACACCAGAAGAGUGUCCUGGCCAUGAAGGAAAGGAUGAAUGAUCUUGCACAGAGCUUAGGAAUGCCACCGGGUCUUAGUGAAGGAUUGAAGUGAUGUAUACUUUAAAUUCUAGACUUUCAACAUUGGCCUCAAUUUUGCACAAACAUGUUCAUUUACUAUGGCUGUGAAUUUGUACUCUUGCUUAUUCAGAAAGAAAUGUAAUCCUGGAAUUAUUUGAAAUUUCUGUUUU